UCUUCUCAACAUAUAUUUUAUUCUACUUUGAAACAAUCAAAAGCUUUUAACGAAAUCAUUCACAAAUCAUUUCUCUUCUUGUUGCUUGACAACAUUAUUAGACGAUGAGGAUGCUUCCAAUAACUUUGUGGAAACUGUCUUCUUCCUUGCUGCGUUUGCAAGUACCUUGUAAAAUUACUUCAAGUAUUCCUUCUACAGCUAACUUUUCUCGUGGAACGUCUUUUAUGAGAUAUUUCAAUACCUCCCAACUAUUAAAAUCAAGUGAAGAGAAGGAAACUUUUCACUUUAUGCCGUUAUCUUACAACGAAGAUGUGAGAGCAGUUUCAGGUUUAACGGCUCCUGAUGAACCUCCUCAUGCACCUUUACCCAAAGAUCACGAGUUGAACGGUGAUUGUGACUUUUCUAGACAGUUGGACAUGCACGAAGAUGUCUCGGAUAGGGAAGCAGCCAUUGGAACAGCGUUAUUGGUCCUUAUUUUUGGAGGGGGUUAUUACUUGGCAGAAUAUGUCUUUCCUAAGGAGUAUAAAGUGACAAGAACAGAACUACCUUAUCUUGAACAAGACUUGGGCGGUUAUCUAAAGUUGGAUGAAACAGGAACUCAAUUGAUUCCUCAGUUUGACUUUGUUACUUAUGCAGCUCCUGAUACUCCACAGUGUGGAUAUCUUUCCACCAUAAAGAAGAUAGAUAAGAGUCCUUCCAGUCCAACAACUUUUAAAGAAAACAAUAACAAUUAUUCGGAAAAUUUCAAGGAUAAUGUACAAAGCAAUGGAAAAUCCUCUAUGAAUAAUAACCAUGUAGAAGCUAGUGACGAACCAGACUAUGACAAAUACAUUCAAGGCAGUUCAUAAAGUAUUGCAAUUCCUUUUUAUUUUCUACACAG